AUGAGGUCAAUUGGUGUCGCAGCUGCUCUACUAGUAGGCGCUGCCUCUGCGCAGAGCUUCCGCCGUCUGGGAGCUUGCCCAACACUUGGAUGCGUUUUCCCUCCUGACCAGGCCGACUUCCUGGCUGGACAGUACUUUGACAUUCGGCUCGAAGUGCAUGCGCCCAAGAAUGGUUCUGAGGUCAUCGGUCUUCCUCUUGAUGAGCGCUUCACCUUCACCAUCGCGAAGGGGGAUGAGGCGGCCAAGUCAGCAACGGAAUACUUUGAACUCGACGAGCCAAAGCUAGAGAAGUGGAACUUUACGUGGUUUGAGGAUUUCUUCGCACGGGACGCGAAGAGACCAACUUGGGUCGAUGUCUCAUCCAAGGCUUACCGUCGUGUUGCUCUUUACGAACCUGGGGAGUACACUGCCACCCUCCACUAUAACAAUGGCAGUUCCACAAAGGCUACAUGGCUCGUUCGCGACCUGGCUGAAGAACGCAAAGCCAAGAACAUCAUCUUCUUCAUUGGUGAUGGAAUGACUACCAAUAUGAUCACGGCUGCACGUCUGAUCGGUCACAAGAGUAUCAACGGAAAGUACCAGUCGACCAUGGCUAUGGACAAGUUCCCUGUCUUGGGUCACCAGAUGACCCACUCUAUUGACAGCUUCAUCACUGAUUCUGCCAACUCUGCUGCGGCGUUGAAUACGGGACACAAGAGUACUGUCAAUUGCCUCAACGUUUACGCGGACUCGAGCAAGGACCCCUUCGAUGAUCCCAAGGUUGAGACUAUUGCUGAGAUGUUCUACCGCCUCGUUGGUGGACAUAUCGGUAUCGUCUCUACUGCCUUCAUCGCUGAUGCUACACCUGCUGCUCUGGUCUCUCAUACCCGUCUUCGCAGCGAGUACGAGGCAAUUGUUGACACCUACCUCAAUGGAUAUCAGAAUUACACUUGGACCAAUAUCCCUGGUGUCGACGUUUUGUUUGGUGGAGGCGCAGAGCAAUUCUAUCCCCCUGCGCUUGGCGGGAAGACAUAUCAGGGCAAGGACUACUUCAAGGAGUUUGCCGACGCAGGCUAUCAGGUUCACCAGAACCGUACUUCCCUAUUGGCCUCGAACUCCACUGAGAAGGCCCUCGGUAUCUUCUCGACAUCCAACAUGGCUAAAUGGCUCGACCGCAACGUCUACCGUAGCAAUCUGAACCAAUCUCUGUCCCCGACUGGCGACAAGACCCCGGCUCUUGACCAGCCCGGCCUGAAGGAGAUGACCCUCAAGGCCAUUGACAUUCUCCAAGCUCGCUCCGGCGACGAGGGCUACUUCCUCAUGUCCGAAGCCGCUUCGAUUGACAAGAUGAUGCACGUGCUAGACUAUGACCGCGCGCUCGGCGAACUCCUCGAGCUCGACGACACCAUCAAAGCCACAAUCGCCAAGCUCAAGGAAACCGACACGCUCAAGGAGACGCUCAUCCUCGUCACAGCCGACCACGGCCACGGCUUCGACGUCAUGGGUUCCGUCGACACGCACUACCUCGCCGCGCAGAACGUCGACCGCAAGAAACGCGACGCCAUCGGCGUGUACGAAAACUCGGGCCUCUCCCAGUACGCAAACACCGGCAACCUGACCUACACCGACAGCAACUUCCCCUCCAACUGGGACCCGCGCUACACCCUCUUCCAGGGCUUGAUGGCCGACCCCGACCGCCGCGAGAACUGGAGCGUGCAUAAAGACGGCCCGCGGAAACCCGCUGUGGCGCUCAAUGCGAAUGUGACUGAUUACACGGCUAAUCCCAAGGACGGCCAGAACGGCAUCUUGCUCAAUGGCACGCUGCCUAUCAGUGAUGAUCAGGGUGUGCACUCGCUUACUGAUGUGCCGGUGUUUGCUAUGGGGCCUUGCCAGGAGAUGUUUGGCGGUGUGUAUAAUAGCGUUGAUAUCUUCUUUGGUAUGGCGGAGUGUUUUGGUCUUUCGCGCGGAAAGCCUUAG